GGCAGGAGGAGUUUGUGUCCUGCCACUCCAACAGCUUUAUUCUGACUCAUCAGUUGGCCCUCCCUUGAGAUCACGGAAGUAUCAAGCUGUCGAACUAAACAACUUUUUGUCCUUAAACAAAGAAUUGGGGUUUCGAGUUUUUGUUUGUUGUUUGUUUUGUUUUCCUGAGACAAACACUGUCUUUGGCUAUUUGAAUUUAAGUCAAAGUAUCUGCUCUAUGAGAACAAGAGCAUACCAUGGCCAAGAGAGUCGCAGUGAUUGGCGCCGGCGUCAGCGGCCUGUCCUCCAUCAAAUGCUGCUUGGACGAAGACCUGGAGCCCACCUGCUUUGAGAGAAGUAAUGACAUCGGAGGACUAUGGAAGUUUACCGAAUCUUCUAAAGAUGGGAUGACCCGGGUCUACAGGUCAUUAGUAACAAAUGUCUGCAAGGAAAUGUCAUGUUAUAGCGACUUCCCUUACCGAGAAGAUUAUCCCAAUUUCAUGAGCCAAGAAAAAUUUUGGAACUAUCUCCAAGAAUUUGCUGAGCACUUUGACCUCCUGAAAUACAUUCAGUUUAAGACCACUGUGUGCAGCGUAACAAAGCGUCCAGACUUCUCCAAAACCGGUCAGUGGGACGUUGUCACCGAGACAGAGGGUAAGCAGGAGAGAGCUGUUUUCGAUGCUGUCAUGGUUUGCACUGGAUAUUUCCCGAAUCCCCGUUUGCCUUUGGAGUCCUUUCCUGGUGAGUCAGUACUUCUCAGUACUAGAACUGGUACCUGGGUUAUCGGCCGCUAUUCAGAUGGGGGCUAUCCUUUUUCUAUGAUGAUUACAAGAAGAUGCUAUAAUUUUAUUGCACAAGUUCUGCCUUCAUGUUUCCUAAACUGGAUUGGAGAGAGGCGGAUGAAUAAGAGAUUUAAUCACGAGAAUUAUGGAUUAAGUAUUACAAAGGGGAAAAAAUCAAAAUUUAUUGUGAACGAUGAGCUGCCAACCUGCAUCCUCUGCGGGACAGUCACUAUGAAAACCAGCGUGAAGGAGUUUACAGAAACCUCUGCUGUCUUUGAAGAUGGGACAGUGGAAGAAAACAUUGAUAGUGUGAUCUUCACUACAGGAUAUACGUUUUCCUUUCCCUUUCUUGAAGAACCUCUCAAAAGCCUCUGCAAGAAGAAAUUGUUCCUAUACAAGUUGGUCUUUCCAAGUCUGGAAAGAGCAACAUUAGCCAUCAUCGGCCUCAUUGGCCUUAAAGGGUCCAUCUUAGCAGGCACAGAACUCCAAGCACGAUGGGCCACAAGAGUAUUCAAAGGGCUCUGUGAGAUACCUCCAGCCCAAAAAUUGAUGGCCGAGGCUACUGAAAAAGAACAGCUGAUUAAAAGGGGUGUGAUGACGGACCCCAGUGAAGACAAACUCGACUACAUUCCCUACAUGGACGAGCUUGCUGCGUGCAUAGGCGCGAAGCCCAACAUCCCACUUCUGUUCCUCAAGGAUCCCAGACUAGCUUGGGAAGUUUUCUUUGGACCAUGUACCUCUUACCAGUAUCGCCUAAUGGGCCCUGGAACGUGGGACGGAGCCAGAAAUGCCAUCCUGACCCAGUGGGACAGGACACUGAAGCCUUUAAAAACACGAAUCGUUCCUGAUUCCUCCAAGCCUUUCUCCAUGUUACCUUAUUUGAAAGCUUGGGGGGCACCUGUCCUACUUGCCUGUCUUCUACUCAUCUAUAAAUCACCUUUUUUGAAAUUGGUGCGAGAUAGACUACAGGAUAGAAUUCCGCCCUACCUAGCGAGUAUUUGGCAAAGAUGAAUCUGAUUGGUCGUGAGGGUUGCACCAAAUCAUAUUAAUUCUAUCUCCAAGUAUCUUGUGCAUCCCUCUCUCUCCUCUCCAUCACAACUGCUGUAACCUAAAUUCAGGUCCAAUCAUCUCUUGUCUGAAUUAUUGUACAUUCUUCGUCUUUGUUCUCAGUACCUUCUUUCUUGCCACCUACACCAUUAUUCUAAAAUAAAUAUAUGGCCAUCUUUUCCAUCAAGGUCUGGGUAGGAAUAAGGUGGCACUCAAAUUAGGCCAUGGGUGGAAAUGUUAAUAGAGAGAUUACUAUAUUUGAAAAGAUCUGGGCAGAGUGUGGGAAAAUCACAGGGAUUAUGAAAUACUCCCAGACUAGUAACAAUGAAGUACCUUUAUUAUUCCUAGACCUAACCAGGUAAGAGAAUAAAGAGAAAGCCAGACCUACAUAGAGAGGGCCACCAACAGGAGAUGCGGCCUUCGGCUGAAUGAUACAGGCAGUGCACCAUGACUCCAAAAGUAGAGAUGUGGAGGAAUAGAUUGUCUAACCACACCCUCUUCCCUCCCUCUGAUCCCCUGGCUGUGCUCCCCACGGCCAAACCCAACAGAAAGUCAGAGGCAAAGCUGCCAACAGACGUCAUCCAUGGAGGGCAGCCUCGUGGGGCACAGGGCAGAGCACAGACAGUGCAGGGUAUACAUGCAGGGGCAAACAAAGGGAUCAGGGUUAGUCAUGCUGCCUCCAGUAUAAAAUUCCUCAGGAUUUCUGUCUGGAUUAGAGAUAAUACUCCAAAUUCUUUAGCCUAGCGGAGGGGGCCCUUCAUGAUCUGAGUCCCUUUGCCCAAGUCACCAGAAUCCUCGCUUGCAUCUUCCACCCACCCCAAUUUUAAGCCCUGCCAUCCAGCACUACUGAACUAUUGACCUCCUCACUCUGGCACGAGCUGCUGCCUUUGCCAGGCGUGCAGAUCUGUACCGUGCCUGACUGGGAAGCUCCCGUGUGUCUUUCAAGAGACCCACUUAUCGCACUGUGUGCAGCCUUCCCUAAAUCCCCAAAGCAGAGUUGAUCGUCCCUGUGUACCAGCUGCACCUUGGGAUGCUCUGCUGUCGCUCUUUUCUUACUGUAAUAUCAUUUUCUCUGUGCAUCUGUCCCCUAAGAAGUGGUGAGUUCCUGAAACAUAUCUUAGAUGAACAUGUCUUGUUCAUCUAAAACAUUAUCUGGUCAAAUCACAACUUGGUAGGAUAAAUAAAAUAAAUAUACAAACAAACAAAUAAAUAAAACAUUACCUGGGCUGGGCACAGUAGCUCACACC